GAACUUCCGAGCGGCGCGUGAAGGCAGCGCACACCUGCCGCUCAUUAGGACAUUAGGACAGCUCACAUUUCCAGGCAAGGCUUGACUAAACUCGAAAUGCUGUCCGUUGACGGAAUUGCAAAGAAAAUGAACUCCUUCGAGUUUUCGUUCAUCGUUUUCAUACUGGUAUCUCACACUAUAUCGUUUGGACGUACCGACGAUAUGUCCUUCUCAAUAUGCUGGAUGAGCAAGGACGAUGCUCUGGAAAGGUUAAAUGGAAACAUAUGGCUCAAUGGCACAUCACUUAAACUCCUCAGUAAGGUGGGUAAAGUGACCUCCCUGACGGUGUCCCCAGCUGUUGAAAACAAGCUAACACUAAAGUAUGGAGGCUCUGUUCAGGCAUGGACGUUAAGAAUCGACCCACGUACAAAGUUCACUAAGAUCCGAGGCCUGCAGAAACCCCUAAAGCAACCAACAACUGUCACCAAGGGCUUCUUGGAGAUGAGUCCCAAUGAAGUGUUUUCAUGUGAAAAUGGCACACUAUUCUUCCACCAAGAUGAAAACUUCUUCCUUGCACUUGGCCACACUAUGCAUCUCCCAGUCAAGCUGGAGUCCAGAACUCCCUCCAUGUUGCAGGUCUCCUGGGUGGAGAAGCGCCCAGCAGUCAGCAACAGCCUCACGGUGACACUGUACCACACUGAAAGUGGCUCCUAUAAAACUCUGAGCAUGGACACUACCACCAACAACCACUACCACUUCACUGCUCUGGACUCCUGCAGCCUCUAUGUGGCCUGUUUGGAGACUGCAGCCUCUCACUCCAUCACCUGCCUCUCGACUAUUACUGACCCAGACAUUCCCAAGGACUUUGAGGUGACGUCAUGGAACAGCAGCAGCAUAUCGUUGGCCUGGGACUGCCCUGCGAACUGCAAGUUCUCCUCCUUCCUUCUCACCGCCUUCUACCUCAAUGGCGCAGACCAAAUCAUAGAGGAGGAGCUCUUGUGGCACAAGGAGGACACCUUUGUGUUCAUCCUGUCUGACCUGGAGCCCUGCACCAGGGUUAGAUUUGGCCUGCAGACGGUCUGCCAGGCGGGGAUAGAGUCCCGUUACAGCAAGAUGGUCCUGAACGAUGGCAACUCUGUUCACUCCAGCAUUGAGGCCUUGCGUCAGACAUCUUAUGGCCACGACAACUAUGCCCUGAGCUGGGAUGCCCGGGACACCUCGUCCAUCUCCAUGUUCAGAGUCUACCACGAGGGAAAGCUGCAGGGCACCACGCUCAUCACCAACUUCACUGUGGGGGGGCUGCUGCCAUGCCAACAGCACCAGGCUAAGGUGGAGGCGCUGUGUGGAGACGGUGUGCUCAUGAAUGCCAAGACGGUUGCAGCACACACAGGACCUCUGGGUGUUUCUGAGCUCAGGUAUCACUCCAAAGACUCCACCGCCCAGUGGAAACCCCGCACCAUGCACCAGCCUGCUGUGGCCUUUGUAUAUGAACUGUCUCUGGAGAACGGCACCACCAUCCAGAGCAGCCGGGUGACUGACACAGAGCUGUCUCUGCCAGGGCUGGAGGAAGGGAAGACCUACAUCCUCGACGUGUGGGAGGAAUGUGAUGAACAGAGGGAGUCGAAACAUUCUCAUGUGGGUUUUGAGGGAGCUAAUUCAUCCUUAAAGCUCUUUGUGAGAGCUACUGGAUCUUCUCUGGACCAAGAGCUGCAGUUAGAUCAUUCCAGCAUGGGUCUCACAAUAGUCGUGCCCUGGUCACUGCCUGAGGAUCUACUGGAGGACAUGUCGGAACCGAGAGCUAAAAUCGGGAAGAUUUUUCAAGAUAAGCUACAGCAGAUGUUGAAUGACUUUCAUCCGCCAGCCCGUGUUGAGCUGGUUGCAAUUAAACCUGCAGGCGAGCCAGACAAAACAGACAUUCUGUUUAUGUCUUUUGAUGCAUCCAAAACUGAGGAAGACGUCCCCCUGCCUGUUGAAGAUCAGCUGGACUACAUUCACUCCCUGAAUACAGACCACAUGACGGUUACAGAUGGGCUCAUUUACUGGGAAGGUCCUGAUCUGUGUGCUUCCUCCAAGCAAACUUUGUGUCCCCUCAACUCUCUGUGCAUCAACACCCUGGGCUCCUACGCCUGUUUGUGCCAACGUGGCUACUACGAUGUGAGCUCUGUCAUCGAGCCCCCUGUGGCUUCACAUCCAAUCUGCAAUGAAAAAGGACUUUUCAGCCACUGUCUGGGUAAACUGAUGACUGGUAGUAUAGCAAAACCCUACCUGACUUCUCACAUUGGGGGAAAGUUAGACGUGAGGCUGAACGAUGGCUCGUGCCCUGUGGAUGAGACUGAGAUGUUCUACUACUUCCGCAUCUCACGAAAAGCCUCUGAAUGUGGAACUGAGAGGCAGGUGAACAAAACCCAUAUCCAGUUACAAAACACUCUGACUGUGACCAUCAGAGAUCAAAUCAUCACCCGACGGGAUCUAAAAGUCGUCUGGAAGUGCAUCCACCCACGACAUUAUCUACGCAACGCUCAAGUCAGUGUGGAUGUGGAGUGGCACUCCUCCGUCUCCCUGGUGGCGUUCAACUCCUCCCUGCAGCUAGGCCUGACCAUGACCCUGCACCCUGAUGAGUCAUACACCGACAGCUACAGGGAUGCCAUAACCAUGGGGCCUGAGGACACUCUGUUCUCCCAGGUGGCCCUGCAGACCAACAACUCGUUUGCUUCAGGCGUGCUCCUGCAAGUGGAGUCAUGCUGGACCACUGAGAGCCCUGACCACCAGGACACAGUCCAGGGUGUUCUUCUUCAGGAUGGCUGUGCUGUUGACAACACGUUCCAUUGGCUCUCUGUAAACGGCCUGGCACAAAACAGCAGAUUUUCCAUUCAGAUGUUCACCAUGCCCAAAGGGUUGCCCAUCUACAUUCAUUGCCUGACCAACAUAUGUGGACAUGAUGAAGACUGUACAAAGAAUUGCAGCAGCCAGCAGCGCACCAAGAGGUCAGGGAGCCAGAUGGACAGAGAGGGGGCCCAAGCUACUGUAGUGUCUGCUGGACCUCUGGUGGUCAAUAGGAGGGGGUCGUCAGCAGUCCCACCAUCUUACUGGCCAGAGCAUAUGACCAUGUUCUCCAUUGUGGCCGGAUUAAUAGGCUUUUUGGGAGUAACCGUACUCUCAGUGAGUGCAACCAAAGCAAUCAUGACUUACUAUGAGCGACUACAGCUGCAAUAAAGUGUUUGGAACACCAUCUGUGAGUGUGUAAUGAUGAUCAUGGAGACAGUUAACUGUAAUUAACAAGACAGACGUGACAGAAAUGAAACCUUAUCUUCUUAUG